AUGGAUGGUGGAGGAGAGGAAUCCAUAGAGGCGGUGGCGGCCGCGCGGCGAGAAAGGCUGAGAGCUCUUAAAGCGGCUCAGGAACUCCUAAAUACCCCAGAUACAGAUGCUGAAAAUGACAAAUAUAAUCAAGAACAACAAGAGGAAGAAGAGGAAGAAAAUGCCAAUAUGAAAUUCCGAAAUUAUCUUCCUCAUGACAAGCAACUUCAAGAGGGCAAACUUGCCCCACCAAUACUACCAAAAUUUGAAGAUCCCGUUCUCAUGGCACCUCCACCGGAAGAGAAGAAAGAGGUGGGUUAUUGA